AUGGAGAAGCUAUCAAAGGAAGAAGGCUUUACCUUUUCAUCCAGUUCAACCUCGUCACAAAAACCGAAAAUGACGUCGUUUCUCAAUGCGACUGCCAUCAAUGCAACCGCAUUUGAGUGUCCUGGGGCAUCAGAUACGACAGCCUGGUCACGUGGAGACAAGCUGGCUCUUCUUCAGGUGAUCGCCAUGCCACUGAUCCCCAUAGUCUGCGGCUUGGUUCAGAAUAUGAUGGCCGACUCGAAAGGCCGAUUAUUCAUGCGGAACAAAGGGACGCCUGACGCAGGAGGUGCCACCGUCAUAGUGUACGCUUCGCGUGCUUCAGCACUCAUGAAAGGUACCCUGCUCUGGCAUUCCACGAACAAGGGUACACCAGCGGUCCCGCGAUUCCCAGUGAUUAGGAAGGACGGGAAGAAAGCAACAUGGCUUAACGUCGUAAAAUUUAAGCUACGGCUCGCGCUACGACUCUCGCUUCCGCUACCCGGAAAAAGUGGAGACAGGAUCAAUAUACUUCCCAUCCACGAGAAGGACAUCAAGCCGACAUUUCCAUCAUGA